AUGCAGCGCCUCGUUGACGACGAGAGUGGCCGGUCAGCACCUGCGCUCCAGCCCCAGCUACACCAACAAGAGGACCAUUUGACGCAGGAACGCGUCCCAUCCACGUCGACUAUCUCUGCCAUGGCCGUAUCCGCUCUGCCUGCUGGUCGUCGAGCAUCGUCUCCAUCGCCUCGACCAAAAUCUCCUACCAACAGGCUUUUCCUACUAUCCUCAUCCCAACAGUCGGACCUGGCGACCGCAAGCAACCACAGUAAACCCGUGAGCCGGCUCUCUGAUGCGUUUGCUAGCUUGGGUGGGCGUGCUCGGACUAUCUCGACAGGGUCAGAUCCAAAAGCUUCUCGCCCCGGGAAGUCGGUUGAAGCUCACAUAGCAGAGACUACACCAGCAGAAAGUUCGUUUGGUAUUGACGCGGAUCCCUUUGCUAGUCAACCCGGUGGUUCAUCAACGCAGAUAUCUCAGUUGACCAGUGAUGCUUCUUCGACCACGACACAGCCUAAUUUCAGCAAUCAAGCUCAGAGAAGACAACGUGGGAGCCUUCUUUAUGCUGCAACGGAUGCUUUAGGGCUCGGGCGUGUCGGAGCAACUAUCAGCAAGAGGAUGGGCAAACGCAGCUCUAUUGAACAAAGUAGAACUGCGCCUCCCCCUCAAAACCAGCCCCAGUCGCAAUUACGAAGAGGCUUACCAUGGAAAGGGAAAGUAAAGCCAAGGGGACAUUGGGCGUUACAGCCUCCGUCAUCCACGCAUAUUAUAUCAGAUGUCAUCGAAAUCAGCGCGGCCAACACCGGUCGAAACACAGUCCGUGAUGAGGAAGAAGAGAAUGAACGAAGGGAGCGCGAUCGACUCCGAGAGGCGGCUGCCGAGUCUAUAGGAAUUAGCCCUUUGUUCAGAGAAGAUGCAUCGUCUAGGCUCACGGAGAGUGAUGGCAUGAACUUUGACGAUUCUGCUGAAAACCUAUCCAGGGAACAAGAGACAAGCUUGGAUACUGAUCCAACAGAUCGGACACAGAACAUAGAUAAUUUGCAGACCAACGCGAAUGGAUCUGCGAAGCCAAACGAGAGACAGUCUGGGCUACAGCUGCGACAAUCGCGAGAAAGUAGGCACAAUCGUAGUUCAUCGCUCUCUGGUAUUGUUACGCCUACAACACCAAGUUCAUCUUCCAAUUGGCCUCUCUCGCCUCAUGUUCCGCCCGUUAUCUCGGGCAACGGAAGGACUCCAAAAGGUUCCGUGACGGCGUCUCUUGUCCAGCCAGAAUUCCCUCCUUUUCCAUGUCUAUUUUCUACAUUGAGCCCGUUUACAUGCAAGUCUUCGUCAUUAUUGAAGUUCUUUCCGUCUGCACCGCUACUUAUCCGUGGCUUCUCCCGGCAAUGGCGUUCACGGACGAUUGUGAUGACUUCUCCGCCUCAUUCAAAGCCUCCGUCAUUAAGCGGCUUUCGGUCCAUGGCCCCCGAUGAAGUGUCGUCCUCCAUCUAUUAUUUGCAUCUGUUCAAAUCUUCGGGAGCGGAUGAGAAGGAACUCGAGAGAUUGGAGGUGAAUGAGAGCUCGGUGGUUUUUGUAGCCGAAGAAGAGGUCGCUGGCAAGCGCUCGGUCGUCAAAGUUGGUGGUAUGGAUGCCGGGGGAAAGAAGAAGGAAGUCAACGUGGAAGAGGCUUGUCAGACCAUGUGGCUCCUUUCUAUUGCUGAUAUGGAUGAAGCACAGACUUGGAUAACGACAUUGAAAAACGCCGUGUUGGACCAAAGAGCGGAAAAGGCAGGAAUCGCCAAGGCAACUCAGCCGUCAGCGCCCGGUCCAAAGGGAGAUUUAGACGUCAUGCUUACUUUGCGUGCACAAGAAGUUGCUUCCACUGUUCGUCAGCAUGCUCAAAGGUCGUCGAAAACACUGCACGAAGAAAUACGCGCUCGCAACUCUGAAAGUCCUGCUCCAACCGUUAAGUCUUGGUCUGGCGAGACAAGACCUUCGUCGCCAUCUGGACGAAUGAUGUCUUUGAAAAGCUUAUUCUCAGUUCCGGGACGUUCUCGAUCUUUGUCACAUGGCACGAAUCGAAGUGAGGACUCCCCGACGACGCCGGUGGAUCCCCCAUCGUUCACUUCUCGCGGGACAACGCUCCUAGACAUGAUCCGGCCUAUGAGCGGAAAUAGCACGACUGGGAUAGCGGAGGCAGACUCGAAGUCGGCGCCAUCGUCUCCAAUUACUACCAGCCAGAAUCUGCCCGUACCCAUCGCAUACCCGGGACCAAUCUUAUCUGCAGCGGAAAUGAACUUGGACAGAGUAAGCUUGAAGGAGCGCGAUCGAGAGAUGCCAGAAUGGUACACCCUUCAAAGUCGACAACGUGAUAGGGGUGACUCUUUGACUUCCUUCAACACAGGGUCAGCUCUUCUUCCCCCACCACGUAACAAACGACCAUGGACUUCCGCCGGCUUUCUCACUAAUACUACAAAGCGUGAGCAACAAACAAUCGAUAACAGCCCCCCUUCUCGGAGGUCAUUCCAGAGCACUGUAUCGUUACGUGGAGCAAGGUUGAGCUUAGAUGGAAAGACAAACCCACCUUCCGUUGAUUCUAAUGCUACUGCAACCGGUGCUGUUGGACUCGGGGCUCCGGAACUUGGAUCGAAACGCGCUUCGUUAUCCUCGUCUGUUUCGUCCUUUGUCAGCGCACCACCCGAUCGGGACCCGCUUGCGGGACGAAGUUCUUCUACUAUUCAACGUCGUAUUAGAGCAGGGAAAAUUCCUAAGAUGUUAACACCACCAGCGGGUCCACCCCCUUCUGUACCAACGGAUCAAAUUCAACCGACACGUCCGAGUUUCUCAUCAGGAGAACCUAAUGCUGAGAUACCUGGGGAUCAGGCUCCGAGCCGGUCGUCUUCUUUGCGCAGCGCUACCAAUUCCGAUACCGUUCAGAAUGGAAUGAUACCGACUGGUAGACGUCUUUCAACGUCAUCUGCGCUUAGCUCUGGUUCAGUGGAUGCAUCGCAAGCACGUGGAGGCAGCUUUAGUUCUGUACGAAGGUCUUCAAACAGUCUGUCCCCGAAGCGUACAUCAGUCCCCCCGCCUCAACGGCCUGCGCCGACCUGUGCACCUCCGCCAACCCCGCUGGAAGUAGUCAAUAACUCAAAGGAAAAUGGAGUCACGCCCAGACGUGCUUCUUUCCGUGAAUCACUUUCACCCAGAUCUCUUCGAUUUUCUUUGAGUCCGCAAUCCUCAAAGGAUGGUUCUCAUCCUGAUGAUGCUCUUCGACGUCGCAGUCUCAGCAAUGGAAGUUCAGUACCAAACGGUGCAUCAUCCCAUACAAUACUAGCACCACCUGCGCCACCUCCCACCGGUCCUCUUCCCCCAACGCCGCGCGAUCCUGUUCCCAACAGGUACUCAAUUAGAGAGCGUUUGAGGAUGAGAAGUGCUCCUUCUCCGCCACUUGGAUUACGUCGAGGAGCAGGCGGACCACCAACUACCUUACCAGGCUCUCCCCCAUUGGUUACCGUUUCAUCUGUUGCGUCUUUGAAGGAGAGCACACACUCAAUACCCAUAGGAGAGCCUAUUACAGAGAUACCUAAAGACCUAAACUUUCUCAAUAUGUCUUCACCAGUCGAUUCUUCGUCCGCCUCAACAGAAGAUGCGGACUUUUUAAAUGUAUCUACCCCACAUACGGCAAGUUUCCCGAAACAGAUACCUGGAAGAUCCUCGGAGCUUGCCCGGCCGGAACAUCCGAAUGGUUCGCCUCCAACGCCGGAAAUGACGGCUUUGCCACCUCCUCCCCGCCGGGGUAGAAAUGGCACCAUUUCGGAGAAGGAUAGGGACCGCAGUUCUCCGUCCGUCAUAAAUAGCGUGGAACCGACUACCGUGGAUGGCAUAUUGCCCAAUAACAUACCGCUUGAGACUGUCACAACGAUUUAA